UUGGAAGUUCUGUCCUGUCGUUCCCAUAGAACCCUAAAGGUGUGAAUGAGUGAGUAGGGUUCUCAAAUCUCAACCACCCAUCCUCUUUCUCCUCUUGAAACAAUUCAUUCCACUUCAUCAUAGAUCCUUUCCUCCCUCCGUUAGUUGAGUGACGUCACCAUCCGGACACACCACCACAAGAAUGGCAUCCCACUCCUCAAUCUCACCCAAAGACCCCGUCUUCUCCUACUCCCAAUUCGCCUGUAUCGGCAGCGGCUUUUCCGGCAUCGCCCUCGGCGCCACCCUGCAGCGCUGGUACGGCAUCACCGACAUCCGCUUCUUCGAGAAGCAGUCCCAGCUCGGCGGCACCUGGCACAUCAACCAGUAUCCGGGCUGCGCAUGCGACAUACCCUCGGCGCUCUACUCGCUCUCGUUCGAGUGCAAUCCCAACUGGACGCGCGUACUGCCCACCUACGCCGAGCUGUGGGAGUACAUCAACGGCGUGGCGCGCAAAUAUGACUUGCUCGACAAGAUGACGUUCGGCGCCGCGGUGGAGCGCUGCGUCUGGAUCGAGGACAAGGGAAGGUGGAGGAUGUGGAUCAGGCAGAAACAGACGGGCCAGGUGAUUGUGCAUGAGUGCCAGUUUUUAUAUAGUGCUGUUGGAUUCUUUGAUCAGCCGCGGGAGUUGGAGAUCCCAGGGGCGGAAAGAUUCCAAGGACCCAUGUUUCACUCGGCGAGAUGGCGGCAUGAUGUCGAUCUGACGGGGAAAAGGGUGGUGGUGUUCGGCAACGGGUGCACGGGGUCGCAGAUCGUGCCGGCCAUCGUGGACAAGACGGCGAGCUUGACGCAGGUGGUGCGGUCCAAGCAUUGGGUGUAUCCGCCCAUUGACGAGAAGGUGCCGUUCUGGCUAAUGUUCACGUUGGCCAACGUCCCCGGCACGAUGCAGCUCCAACGAUUCCUAAUGUUCAUCAAGAUGGAGGUGGAAUUCAUUGGAUUUGGGGACGGGAAAUUUGCCAAGGCGUUCCGGAAGAAGAGGCAGAGGCAGGUGGAAGCCUACAUGCGGGCGAUGGCACCCGAGAAGUAUCAUGACCUGUUGAUCCCGGACUUUGAGGUCGGCUGUAAGAGGAGGAUAUUCGACUCUGGGUACCUGAAGAGCCUGCACAACGAGCAUCUGAGGUUGACAGAUGAGCCGGUGGAGGAGAUAUUGCCGCAUGGGCUGAAAAUGAAGAGCGGUGAGAUCAUUGAAGCCGAUGUCAUCGUCAUGGCCAAUGGCUUCAAGACGAAUGAGUUCUUCCUCGACUGCGAUAUUGUCGGUCUUGGGGAGGAGACCAUCCAUGAACAUUGGACGUCGUUUGGCGGCGCUGAGGCGUACAACUGUGAAAGUCUCAGCGGAUUUCCCAACUUUUUCCUGCUGGGAGGUCCAAACGUAGCAACAGGCCACACCUCGUUCCUCAUCGCCGUCGAAAACGCCAUCAACUACUCGCUGCGAGUCAUCGAGCCGCUUCUUAAAGGCAAGGGAAGUGUGGCCGAAGUGAAGCGCGAAGCAGAAGAGAAGUACGUCCAAACGUUGCACCGCGCCCUACAGGACACCGUUUUCUCCACCGGAUGCAGCAGCUGGUAUAAUCGUACCGUGGACGGCAAGAAACCGUGGAACGCUUCGGCCUACCCGUGGUCCCAAGCCCACCACUGGUACUCGUGUUUGUUCCCGUCGUGGAAGGAUUGGAGGCUUAGUGGCCAAACGGGAAAGAACAAGAUCGUCAGACAAAGUCACACUCUGACCCGACUGUUGACUCUAACGACCUUUACUUUGGGGAUGGUAUACUGGUCAAGGAAAAAUCCUAACACGGUGCUGGCUUCUUUGCUCGCGCAACCGAAAACUAUUUUGCCAUGGCUAGCAGGAGCCGCGGUUCAGUCCGGCACUGAGGCCUUUGCGGUGAUAAGGGGAGUUUGGAGGUAAAAGCGUAGGGAGAAACGAGUUUGGGGGAACUUGAAGUGACGAACUGCAGUGGAAGCCCAGCUCAGCUUGGUUGUAUGACAAACACAUCAUUGAUAGGCCAUUGGAUUCAUAUCGCAUCUUG